GCUCCGAGAGCGCGAAGUGCUUCCGGUUCGCGCGGCGCGCGAGCUCCGGUCGCCGGGUUCUGCUUCCGGCGCGGCUGGUUCCUGGGACGCUCUCUUGGGGGUAUAUUUUGAACAUAUGUUACAAAUAUGGCUGUCUCUCUAAUUAUAAAAUGGGGUGGGCAGGAAUUUUUGAUAACCACCUUGUCAGAAGAAGACACAGUGCUGGAUCUCAAGCAGUCUCUCAAAGGACUUACUGGAGUGCUCCCAGAGCGUCAAAAGCUUCUUGGACUUAAAGUAAAAGGCAAGCCAGCAGACAAUGAUGUUAAGCUUGGAUCACUAAAAUUGAAACCAAAUACUAAAAUCAUGAUGAUGGGGACUCGUGAGGAAAGCUUGGAAGAUGUCCUUGGGCCACCGCCUGAUAAUGAAGAUGUAGUCAAUGAUUUUGACAUUGAAGAGGAAGUGGUUGAAGUCGAGAAUAGGGAAGAGAAUCUGCUGAAAAUCUCCCGCAGAGUUAAGGAGUAUAAAGUGGAAAUAUUGAACCCUCCACGGGAAGGGAAGAAAUUGUUGGUCCUGGAUGUUGAUUAUACUCUGUUUGACCAUAGAUCAUGUGCAGAGACUGGGCUUGAGCUGAUGAGGCCAUAUCUGCAUGAAUUCCUGACAUCUGCAUACGAAGACUAUGAUAUUGUAAUUUGGUCUGCUACCAAUAUGAAGUGGAUUGAAGCUAAAAUGAAAGAGCUGGGAGUGAGCACCAAUGCAAACUACAAGAUAACCUUCAUGCUGGAUAGUGCGGCCAUGAUAACUGUGCACACACCAAGACGAGGAUUAAUUGAUGUGAAACCCUUGGGUGUCAUCUGGGGCAAAUUUUCAGAGUUUUACAGCAAGAAAAAUACUAUUAUGUUUGAUGACAUUGGGCGAAAUUUUCUUAUGAACCCACAAAAUGGACUAAAGAUAAAACCCUUCAUGAAAGCACAUUUAAACAGAGAUAAGGAUAAAGAGCUUCUAAAACUUACUCAGUAUCUCAAGGAAAUAGCAAAAUUAGACGACUUUUUGGAGUUGAACCACAAACACUGGGAAAGGUACCUUUCAAAGAAACAAGGACAGUAGCUUUAUUUUGUGACAUUGAAACCAGGCGGAACAUAGAGACCCUUUGACCUUUCCUCUUGUGUAAGCUAGAAUAAAGUAGUGCUGGACACUGACUUAACCACCCGAACAACUGCUUAUACCUGGUCUUCCCGUUGGUUUGCUCUAGGUCUCUCUGUCUCUCUUCUGAAGAUCGCCACUAACAACCGAAAGGGAAAAUAAUUUGCUUUCCCCUUCCUCCCUUACAUUUAUCUCUCGGGUUACUAUUUAAAAAGCAAUGUCAUUUGUACUGCUACUGUAGUAUCCCCAAAACUUUAAAGACCACAUUGUUUGGAAAUGGGGUGGAAACCCCCCAACGUUCAGACCAAAAAGAAGAGGAAAAUCCCCCAACCCAGAUAUUUACUAUGGAGCCAGUUUGUUUUUUCUGCAUUCUCAGUUCUAGAAACCAUUUCCCCUUCCCUGUUUAUUGUAUUUAAGUCUAUGAACUAUAAGAUGUCAAAUUAUGUAUUAGUAUGUCAAGUGUUCCUUUUGUACAAAACAGUUUUAAGGAUGGAAAGCACCACUAGAGGGUGAAGAUACCUUCAUAUGUGGAUUGUGAUAAUAAAACUGUUAUGACUGGA